AUGGUUUGGAAUAUUUUGAGGAUGCAAUCCAGGGACAAUAAUGACAGAUUUGAGAAAGCAGGCAAUGAACGCUUUCCAGAGGAAUUUUCGAUUGCAGAGAUGCGGAUGCUAUUUCGCCUGGGCCAGCCUAGUUGGAGACGCUCGAGAAUUGGUUCGCCAGCGCGAUAUCCAUGGGCUUCUGGAGCUCGCAAAAUAUUUCCAGAAGACAAUGAGUUUGCCAGCAGAUUCAUGGUGACAGAAAUUCUGGGAGAUUUCCCUAUCAGACUUGGAACAUGUAUCAACGAUGACGAUGAUGCUGCCCGAACAAUAAUGCGUGAAAGGAUGGCACAAUGGUUUGCUCAGGAUGCUGUCCGAACCAUCUCAGGUGCCCGCUGCUCGCUGCAAAAUCCAAAAGGAGCAGCACAAAUAGCAAGAAUCGCGUGGCAUCAGCAGCCGGCACGAAGCAUCCCUCGGGUCAGAGGAAGUUACCAGCUUAUAAAUAAGAGGAUCGAAUCAUUUAUUGCAAAAUUAAAAACUUACAUCGUUGCAGGUUGCAAAUCUGGAGGGCAAAUCGGCAAAACCUCUAUCACCAGACGGCAUCAGCAGGCUCCCGCCACCCGCCUCAUAAUCUCAGCUCACGAGCGCCGGGACGCACAAAUUGGAGGCAUAAAUCUGGUGGGAAUUUCAAAUCUUGAUGUGAGCCCGUGCGAGUCCAUGCUCAAGUCUGAGCGACUAGGCACUGUGGCUUGGUGGGGAAAUGGUAGUGGUGCAGGAAAUGCUGAGUUCUAUAUGCCUCCCCUUUUCAAAACCAUGGCUACACAACGCACAUAUGAACUUGUAACUAUGUUUACGUACGCCGAGAGUGAACCCCGCCUUAGCAAUCGCACAUACAAAAGUGACGUUACGACUACUUCUCGUUCGUCCUUUGAGAGAUCGUCGUUUACCAUCUCCUCGCUUGUGGGCCGCAGCUUGUCUCCAUGGGCUUCCCAGGGGGAGGCCGAUGGCCAAGAGGGGAUUAAGAAGACUAAAGAAGAAGAGGAAGAGGAAGACGAGGAAGAGCAUAUUGAAGUAGUGGACAGUGUAGAGGAGCCGCCUUUGAGUGACCCUCGGGAUAUAUCGACAGCAUCAUCUGGAAAGGAACUUGAUGUAGAGGUAGAGAAGUCACCUCCUUCUCACCCACAGCACUCCUCUCCAAUUCCCACCGAAGAGGAGACGCGUCCUACGGUGUCGUGCAGUCCUUAUAACAAGCCGUCUGUUACAAGCAAGGCUUCGACAUCACUGCCGGAAUUCAGCAUGGCGCUUAACCUUUCCUCGAAGCCCGAUGACUUGACCUCUUCGUCAUCCAUCCUUCGUGAACCUAUUGUAGCCUCUAAGGUUAGCGAGGCAGGGACUUUAGGUAUGUCCUCCUUAUCUUCUCGCGAGGCCGCCCAGUCGUUCCCUAUUACACGCUCCUUCCUCCCCACACUUCCCCUUCCCUCUAGAGAAUCUCUCCUAGACCUCCCUCGACCCCCAAGCCUGCCACUUGGGCUCUACCCUCCCCCUCCCCUUGUUCUUUUUAAGAAGGACUGCGGUGAAGCCUCCUCCUCGUCUUCGUCGUCCUCCAAUCUCGACGCAAAUCGCAACAGUGUGGCUGUGUCUUAUUCUUCGUCACUCCCUUCUUCACUUAGUUAUUCCUUCCCUUGGAGCAUGAGCGCUUCUGAGGGUCUGUUCCCCUGGUCUUUUCCAGGGCACGGUUCCCUACCCCUUGAUGGAUCUUUGGUGAAACCCUUGCCACUUGGAGAUGUGUAUUCGUGCAUCAAAUGUGAAAAGAUGUUCAGUACGCCACAUGGACUCGAGGUCCACUCACGACGCUCUCACAAUGGCAAGAGGCCAUUUGCUUGUGAAUACUGUAACAAAACCUUCGGUCACGAAAUCAGCCUCACGCAGCACAGAGCCGUGCACAACGCAGAGAAAGUGUUUGAGUGCAAGCAGUGUGGCAAGUGCUUCAAGCGGUCGUCCACUUUAUCUACGCACCUCCUGAUUCACUCUGACACGCGACCAUAUCCCUGCCAAUACUGCGGGAAGCGAUUCCACCAAAAGUCUGAUAUGAAGAAGCACACCUACAUCCACACAGGUAAGAGAUUGGAGGCCACACACGUUACUGGAGAACCGCCAUUUAAACCGGCUAUUCACCGCCACCUCUCAGCUGUUAACGUGUCGCUAAGCAGUACGAGCGAGACCCUGAACAACAUCCGUACCUGUCCUUACUGCUCUCGUCGUGCUGCCGUGCAACAAGGCAGAGAGAGGAUGGAUAAGUUGUUUCUGCGGAGGCACGAGCGGCAACAACAGCGGAGGCAUCAGGCUAAGUUUAUCAGGGAGGUGCAAGGUGCAAUCAUCAGCUUGCUCAAUUUGACGCCCCAUACUUGGGUAACCCUUGCAGGCAUUUGUUCACUUGACAAUUUCAGCUACUUCCAAAUUGUUCUCGGAAGCGGGAUAAAGGAGGCUCUCCGAGAGCCUGCCUCAAAACUACGAACGCAUAGGAGCGAGUCUAAGUCAAGCUGCAGAUAA